CUCGGGACGGUGCCCCCGCCACGAUGAGCAUGCGGAUACCCUCUCGACAGCUGGCCCGGCCAGCCGCCGUGCUCAAUGGCCUCCGCACCGCCUUCCUCCCCAUCCGCACCCUCACCUCCUCCGCCCCCCGGAACGCCGACAAGAAGAACGACAAGAAGACCACCAAGAAGGCCGACAACCACGAUGACGCCGCCACCUCCGAGCAGAACUGGAACCCCAUCCUCGCGCAAUACAACGCCAAGCAGGAAGCCAGCAAACCCAAGCCCACCUCCAAAACCGCAGCCAUCGCGCCGCGGCCCUUCGUGCCCCCGGGCUCCCUGCCUCCAACCUCCAUCUUCGACGUCGUGCCGGAGCGCACCGCCGCCGAAAAGGCCGUCCUGGAGCGCCGCGCCAAGCUCGACAGGCUCUACCAGACCGACGCGCCGGGCCUGCCCUCCACCACCGAACCCGCAGAGGAACAGCCCACCACGGCCGCCGCCGCCGCCGCCGCCGCCGCCGCCGAACAAGACGCUGACGAGCCCGCCAAGCUCCUCGACCGCCGCAUCGCCGCCUUCGCCCUCGACCCCAACCCCGCCGCCCGCCGCCGCUGGGAGCGCAAGCGCGUCAUCCGCACCAUCGCGCGCCGCGGGCGGCUGUCCAAGACCGAGCUGCUGGCGCGCACGGAGCGGCGCGCGGACUUCAAGUCGCCGUUCCUCAACACCUCGGUCAAGAAGCUGACGAAGCUGGCGAACCAGAUCGCGGGCAAGCCCGUCGCGCAGGCGCUGGUGCAGAUGCGGUUUAGCAAGAAGAAGGUCGCGCGCGAGGUGCUGCGGGCGCUGGAGAUGGCGCGGGAUGCGGCUGUGGUCAAGCAUGGGAUGGGGCUGGGGAAGGCCGAGGGGAGGACGGGCGGCGCGGUCGAGGUCGAGGAUAGGCACGGGAGGAAGAGGGUGGUCCGGGAUCGGACCGAGAUGUAUGUGGAGCAGGCGUGGGUGGGCAGGGGCGCGUAUGCGAAGAGCAUGAUGGCGAGGGCGAGGGGCAGGGCGGAUGUGUUGAGGCAUCCGACGACGAGUAUCUCGUUCGUGCUCAAGGAAGAGGCGACGCGUAUCCGGCUUAGCGAGGAGUAUAAGAAGAAGCGCGACAAUCGCAAGCUCUGGGUUCAGCUUCCCGAUCGGCCCAUCACGGCCCAGAGGCAGUAUGCUUUGUGGUAGUCCCUUGAGAAGACAAUGAAGGGAGUGGUGAGCGUGGUGAAAGCUAGAAAACUGGGUAGAUGUCUCGAGGGUAGCUCUCUACCUGGGCCCCCUCUGUAUAUCGGCGUGUAGCAUAGGCCGGGCUUGUAGAAACCUUGUACAAUAAGACUUCUUCCUGACUACGCCCCUUUGCUGCUUGCAUUUGCCAUUCUCCCCUACUUUGAUCACAAAUGGUUGCGCGUUUCAGCCAAGG